UCAUCCCUUUCAGAUGCCUUCCACUCUAAUGUCAUUGCUUGGAAUAGAAUGAUUGUAAUACAGGUUUGAAUGAGAGAGACAGAGGCCCAAUCAAGCGAUCCUCCAGUACAGAUUCCUGAAUGCUGAUGUCAAUCCCUGGCUUUACUCAGAAUCACUCACUCAAUUGGCAACUACACUGCUUGAUUUCUCCGGCUAACUUCACAGCGGGAGGCUAGGAAUCAACCUGCUCUCUGUACUCAGUUGUUACCUUGUCAGUCGUCGGGAGAAAACAGAAGAUAUAAAGACAUGAGGACAAUCUCGUUUGUUUUUAAAUAGUAUUCCCAUCUUCAGGACAUAGCUUCUGAAAUCAAACUUUGAACUGAAUACAUGUACUGUUGCAUAAUUAAUAACAGUGACCACUUUCCAUGGGCUCCUCAAUAUCAUCAAAAUUUUUGAUUUGAUUUGUUCCUAUUAAAUCACUAUUUAGCUGCUACAUGUACAAGUAGGCUGUAUACAGAAUAACAGUUUACAGCCGUGCAGCUUGCACAGAUAUUCCAGUGAAGCUUUAUGACAAGUCGCUGUCGGGAUUAUUUCCACAAGAUAGCAAGUGCUUCAUAGUUUAGAUACAGAUUCUACAAACCUUCAGAUCAAAUCUUUGUGAUCAAAGUGAUUUGUCAUUUGUUUUUUUUACACCCUUGAAUUCUGUCUAGACUGUGAUGGGGCAGUAUGACUCCUAUUCUCUCAAUAACACAAUCAUCUUCCAACAUGCCUGGUAUUGAUCAAACACCAGGAGGUGUUCAGACCAACCAUUGUGAUCUCCUUUACGAUCAGUUCGUCCAGGCCGGUACAUUCCAGGGUAUCUUCAAAACAUUCUUUGAACUCUGCAAGGAGUUGAACCUCAAACCUUUCUCAGAACAUCGUAACUUCUACGUGAGGUUCAAGUCACAGUUGACGUCGUGGAAAGCCGCUUCGUUAUGGAGUAAACUGGAUAAGAGAUUCAACAGGAAGGAGUAUAAGAAAGGGAAAGCAUGUAGUAAUACAAAUGUCUUCAUUAUAGGAGCAGGACCAUGUGGACUACGUACAGCUAUAGAGUGCGCUAUGCUGGGGGCAAAGGUCGUCAUGGUAGAGAAACGACUGAGCUUCUCAAGGAAUAAUGUUCUCCAUCUCUGGCCGUUCCUCAUCACGGAUCUAAGGAAUCUUGGAGCAAAGAAGUUCUUUGGGAAGUUCUGUGCUGGAUCCAUUGAUCACAUCAGUAUACGUCAGUUACAGGUGGUCCUCCUGAAAGUGGCUUUGAUCAUGGGUGUUGAGAUCCACUAUGGUGUGAGCUUUGAAGGACUAGAACUACCACCUGAAGACCAGGAACAUGAAAAGAUCGGUUGGAGGGCCAAACUAGAGCCAAAGGAUCACCCAGCAUCAGAAUAUGAGUUUGAUGUUAUCGUUGGAGCUGAUGGGAGGAGAAAUACACUACAUGGUUUCAAGAGGAAGGAAUUCCGAGGAAAGCUUGCAAUCGCCAUCACUGCAAACUUCAUCAAUAGAAAAUCAAACGAGGAAGCCAGCGUGGAGGAAAUCAGCGGCGUUGCUUUCAUCUUCAACCAAAAGUUCUUCCAAGACCUACGAGAGCAGACAGGCAUCGACCUUGAGAACAUUGUCUAUUACAAGGAUGAGACACAUUAUUUUGUGAUGACAGCCAAGAAACAGAGUCUUCUACAUAAAGGGGUUAUUCUAAAGGACUUGCCAGACACCAACAAGCUGUUACGAUCAGAUAACUACAGUCAUCAAACACUCCAGGAAUACGCCCGUGAGGCUGCAGACUUCUGUACCAACUUCCAACUCCCCACCUUAGACUACGCCCUCAAUCAUCAUGGCAAACCAGACGUUGCUAUGUUUGAUUUUACAUCAAUCUACGCCGCUGAGAACGCUGCUAGGGUACUAGAUAGGAACGGUCACAAGCUACUACUAGCAUUGGUUGGCGAUAGUUUAUUGGAGCCUUUCUGGCCUACCGGUUCUGGAUGUGCGAGAGGUUUCCUAGGUGCCUUUGAUGCUGCUUGGAUGAUCCGCAGCUGGGCUUCAGGAGUGAUGACACCGUUAGAGGUCCUAGCUGAGAGGGAAAGUUCUUAUCGUCUUCUAGCUCAGACCACUCCUGAGAAUCUAUGCAAGAUUUAUGAAUCAUAUGGAAUCAAUCCAAACAGUAGAUAUCCACACUUAAACACCAGAGCCGUAGCACCUCAAGAAGUUAUACACCUUUAUGACACCUUGGAUGAAGAUCUCAAGGCUCAGUUUGAAAUCCUAGAGAAGAAACCUUCUAUGGUUCUCAAUAGAACAGCAUCCGUUGUGAGGAGUAGUAAGGUGUUAAUGUGGUGUCAACGAGUUACUGCUAACUAUCUGAAUGUGAUGGUUGAUAACAUGACAUCAAGUUGGAGGAAUGGUUUAGCGUUAUGUGCCAUUAUACACAGAUACAGACCACACCUCAUUGAUUACAAUCGUCUGAGACCUGAGAAUGUAGUAGAGAAUAAUCAGCUAGCGUUUGACAUCGCUGAGCGUGAGUUUGGUAUACCACCGGUAAUGACAGGCAAGGAGAUGGCUGCUAAUGCCUGUCCUGAUAAACUCACCAUGGUAGCUUACAUACUGAGGUUCUAUGAUCUCUUCAAAGAUGAACUACCAGCUUCUGUUAAACAAGAGACAAAUACCAAAGAAAUCCACAUAGAAGAGUCCCAUCCACCCCAAGCCAAGUCUUCCAUUCCAAAAUCAUCCCUCCUAUCGCGGCUCGCCUCCAAAGUACGAAGGAAAUCCCACGAGAAACAUGACAAAGAGAACGCAGAGAAAGCUAAAGCAAGUGGGAGUGGCGUUGGCUCGAAACGAAAACAUCACAAGCAUAAAGAUGCCCCGUCUGAUGACAUCAUUGAGAAGCGAAAGCUGAUCACACAGGGUGCCGACAAGACUGAGAACGGUGGUCUGAACGUAGCGGCCAAGAAUGAACUCAACGUUGGUAUCAGAGGUCAAAACAAGGUCAGCGGACUUGCCGAGCAACUCCAGGCCAAUCUUAGGUCCAACUUUGGUAUGGAUACAGUCACAGAUGGACCAAGACCAAAACCCAAACCAUUGAUUGACACUGGUAACGUCCAAGGAAGCCAGCUGUGUGUAUUCUGUAGUAAACGUGUUUAUGUGAUGGAAAGGCUAAGUGCUGAAGGAAUGUUCUUUCAUAGAGACUGUUUUAAAUGUCAAGAUUGUGAUUGUACAAUCAGGAUUGGAAACUAUGCAUAUCUACCGGACCAAGAUGGCGGAAAAGGUCUAUUCCUAUGUAGAGAACACUUUGCAGCCAGGAAGCAAGCAGCUAGAAAGAGAAGCCUUAGUGAUAAAGACAGAGAAGCAGUACAGUCUAAGAAGCAAGUAUUUUCUUUUGAUUCCAUCGAAGAGGUCGUGGAAGAUGAGAAUGAGAAUAUUUCCCACCCACAACCCACCACACCAAAGACUCCCAAAACACCGAAGACACCGUUUAGGAAACGAUCGUUGCUUUCACCGUUCUUCGGAAAGAGAUCAAAGACAACUCCUGAGAGAGAUGAAAUGCAGAAGAUGUAUGAGAAGAUAGCUGAAUCUAAGGGUGCUCUGACAGAAGAAGAACAGGCUAGAUAUAACCUGGGUACAUCGGUCAAUACAGAUGAUGAACUAGAAGAAUCAUCAGACAGCGAUUAUAAUGAAGAAGAGAAGGCCUGGCUUGAAAAGGAAGGAUUAUCAACAAGAAUGCCUGACGUUGAAGAGGAAGAAGAGGAGGAGGAGGAAUAUGAAGAAGAUUAUGAAGAAGAGGAAUAUGAAGAUGAAUAUGAGGAAGAAGAAGAGGAAGAGGAGAAUUCAGAGAUGGAAUACGAAGAAGAAGAUGAAGAAGAAGAAGAAAGCUCAGGAGAGUACUACACUGAUAGUGAUGAAUAUGAUGAUGAGGAGGAGGAGGAGGAGGAAGAAGAGGAAGAGGAGGAGACUCCCAAAGAACCGUCAUACAGUCAUGUACAUACCUUGACAAGUUUGAAGCUGCAAUGGCUGAAUGAUACCAAGGCACCUCAGAUGGCUCCUUGGAAACCACCGGAAGUCAUUCAAAGGGAGAAAGAAGAAGCUGAGAGGAAGCGGAAAGAAGAGGAGGAGAGGAGAAGGAUCGAGGAGGAGGAAAGGUUAAGGAUAGAGGAGGAAGAACGGAGGCGGAAAGAGGAAGAAGAGAUGGAGAGAAGACGAUUGGAGGAAGAGGAGAGAAGGCGACUUGAACCAGAUGAGAGGCAGGAGGAAGAUGAUGAGGAUGCAGAGAAGGAAAUUACUGAAGAGGAUGUCAUCAACGCUCUGAGAUCGCCUACAGAUGGGGGAGAGGAAUGGGGAGACAGGAGGAAAAAAUGGAGGGAUAAAUUUGCCACAAAGUUUGCGUCGUAUGAAGAUGAUACUGAGCUUGGGAGAAGGCUAAAGACGGAAGAAAAAGGUCAUGCCGUCAGCAACGAGGAAGAUGAUGAUCGGAAUGUAGAGGAAAUCAAGGAUGAAGAUUUAAGUCAGUUUCAAACUGAUUCCAUUGAUGAUCAUGAAGAAGAAGACAGCAGGGAACAGGAGUACUCCCAAGAAAGUGUAGAGGAGCUGGAAGAUCUAGAAGAGGUUGAUGAAGAAGAGGAAGAUGAAGAAGAUGAGGAAGAAGAGGACGACGAGGAGGAAGAAGAUGAAGAGGAAAGAGAAGAUGAUGAGACAGAAGAGGGCUCUGAUGAAGUUGAAAGAAUCGUGAUGGGAGGUCAUCUAGCAGAAGAGGAUGAAUUUUCAGAAAGCAUCUCCAGAACGGAAGACAUCAGUGGUGCUGUAGAAAGUGAUUUAAAAGCAAAUCUUGCAGAAGAGGAAGAUGACACAUCUGGGGAAAUGAGUGAAGAACAGACAGAUAGGGAAGUUGUAGGGGAGGAGUCCGCAGAAGAUUUAGUUUACGGGGAUUUGAUCAGCGCGACUGACUACAUGGAAGAGUCAGAAAGCCAGAGUUUUGAUCCACAGAACAGCGCACAGGAUACAGAACAAAGUGAGAGUCUUUUGGUUGAUGAUAUCCCUGUAACAGAUAAGGUAAUGGUGACCCAGAUGCAUGGGGUCAUACAGGGUGAGGUAGUUAAUGUGGAAUGCUCCAGUUCUGAAGCAGAAGAGAUUGACAUUGAUGAUCUUAUUAGUAGUCCGGAGGUUAGUAAGCGUUCCUCGUCAUCGGCUAGCCACCCAGCUCUCUUGGAUAUCAAACCUGAUCUUUCACCACUCCAGCCUAAGGUCGUUGAUAUUGACAUAGGUGACACAGAGACUAUUGAUGAUAGCUCAGCAUUAUAUGAACCUAGUUCAGUACCUGAUGAUACAGAGACUGAGGAUCAUAGUAUAGAACCGUCUGAUCUCAGUGCAGUACUAUCCUAUCCAAGUGAUCAGGUCCAAGAAGCUAGUGCAGCCUCUGGACCAUCAGAACCAAAGACAGUUUCCACAUCGCAACUCAGUACUGAUGAAGACAUUCUCUCUAAGCAUUCCACGCAAGAGAUAUCAAGCAGAGACUCUCAAAGUGACAGACAAGAUUACAAGGACAGUGAAUCAGACAGAGAUCAGGGGACAUCUGAAGCAGCGGGUCUGCUUCAGGAAACAAAUGCAAAGGGUUACAACUCAGGGACACCAGAAGACAACUCUCAAUCCAGUCACCUUUCCACUCCUCUUGGUGAUAUCAACCUUGAUCUGCUACCAGAAACUUCUUUUGCAGGAAACACAGACACUGAAAAAUCUGAUGUGGAGCUCGCCAAUGAGGAUGAAGGUUCCAAUGUUUUUGAUAAAUCUGAAGCUAUUGCUUCUCCUGAUAUUGAGCUUGAAUUUGUGCCAUCUAAUGAAGCAUACAGGACUUCAUAUAAUAGUUUACCAAAUAAAAAACAUCAACGAUUUAGUGUAGGAUUUGAGGGUGAUGUAGAUGGAGGAACAGUUGAUGAUAUCAAGCCAAAGAUGUCGGCAAGUCCAUCGUUACCUGAAAACCUGAGCGAAGUGAAAGAGACCCCUAAACCUAAACCCAAGUAUAAAUGUAUGUACCCAAGAGCUAGUGGUGUCAGGUCACUACUGUCAUCAUCGUUUUCUGAAUCCUUCAGUCCAAUACCUUCCAUUGAUGAUAUCAAAAGUAAAGAAACUGCAAUAGAUGAUGGUGCUAAUAAGAAUAUGAACAAUGCCACAGCGAGUGCAAAUAUGGAUGAAAUUACAAUCAGGAUAGAAUCUCCAGAAGAAGAUUAUGUCUCCCCUCCAAGUGCAAUUCAAUCAGAGAGUAUCAGCAGGGAUACUCUGUCCAGCAAACAGGCCAAGGCUUAUACCCCGACCACGAAAGCCAAGCUAGAGAAGCAGCGUGGAAAGAAAGGAAGUCCAAAGAAACGCAUCCUGAAGCGAUCCAAGGACAAGAGGAAGAGUGAGAAUGAUGUUGGUGUGAGGGGGAAAGGGGAGAGAAAAAAACAUUAUGAAGUUGAGGAUGAAAAGGAGGCUAGGCUGGAGAGCCUUAGGGAAGGGUCUCAGGGUACGCAUUCAGGAUUGUCUCCUGAUACAUGUCCAUCUUGUACUCCUUCCGAUUCAGAGCGUGGCAGUAGCAAACGAAAGAAGGGUUCUGGGAGGAAGAAGGAAGGCACCCCGUCCAGUCUCAAAGUGCCUUCUGAUCUCAACAUACCAGAGGAUGAGCUUUCUCCAACAAGUGAUGUCCCACUGUGUACUUUCGAUGGUGGCAUCCCACGCUCAGAAUCCAGCUCCAAGGAGAAGAAGUCUCGUCUAAGCCGUAUGCGCAUGGACAUUCCACGUCGCCGAGAUGCUACCAAGGCCACCAAAAACGGAAGGAGGACAAGUGCUGGGAUGCAACAGACUGAUGAACCCAACAAAGACAAAAAAAUGCAACGAUCAUCAAGCACCAAAAUAGACAGUAGUAGACCACUAGAUGGCGCUAUACCAAAGCAACGGAAAAGUAAAUCCCUAAAGCUCAAGAAGCGUGUGAGUGCAGGAAAACUGGCAUUGUCAUCUACAGAAGGUGAUAGCGAUAGAGAAGAGAGAUCACUGUCACCAGGCAGCCUUGACUUACCUUUAGGUCAGUUUGGUGAAGAAGGGGCCAGGUCCAAGAGGAAGGUGCCAGAUGUUGUUGCUGACCUUGGUGUAGGAACCCCUGAAGCUGCUGCUACGGAACAACUCCCAAGACUCAUCAAGAAGCUUAGCGUAGACGCCAACCUGACCGGUGAGUUUGAUAUAGAUUCUACUACCGAUGAGGAGGAAAUCAAACGAGAUGAAGCAAGCACCGAUCCUGAACGUUCAGAGCAGAUCACUGAUUCACCAAGAUCUAAAGGGAAAUCCCCUAGGAGAAUGUGGGGCAAGAGAUUUAAGGCUUUGAGUAAAAAGACAGCCAGACAAGAACAGGAGAAGCGUAAGAUGGAGGAGGAGGAGCUUAGCGCCAGGUUGACGAAACGCGUCCAGAAGGAAGCUCGUCGUCAGCAUCACCAGCAGCAGUUAAAGCGCCAUCGCUUGGCCCAGGAGAUCCAACGUCAACUACAGGAAGUAGAGGUCAAACAGCGUGAGCUUGAGAACCGAGGGGUCGCAGCCGAGAGGGCCCUGAGAGGGGAAGAAACUCCUGAUGGAGUGGAAGAAACCACCCUCAUGCAGGAAUGGUUCAGUCUAGUCAAUGAGAAGAACGCCCUCGUUAGGUUUGAGACGGAGCUGAUGGUUCAAGCGAGGGAGCUUGAGUUGGAAGAUCGUCACAGUCAGCUUGAGCAAGAGCUUAGGGUCAUUAUGGCCGUCGGAGAAGGAAAGAAGACGUCUAGCGACAGAGAACAAGAGAAACUUCUCUUAGAUGAAAUGCUGGAAGUUGUAGAACAGAGAGAUGCUCUGGUGGCAUUCUUAGAAGAAGAAAGACUCAACAUCUCUUCGCCGAACCUUCUCGGUUCUGCCUUUCUGAUCGUGUGUCUUGCGCUAAUUCUCUACGCAUACCUAGCUUAUUACAGCUAGCUGUGCAGUGUGGAGCAGCAAGAAGAUCAAGACUUUGAGGCUAUCAUGCUUAAGAAAGGCCUAAUGACUGCUGUCCGGUAGUCUGAGGACAUCAAUACUUUGAGGCUAUCAUGCUUGAAAAAGGCGUAAUGACUGAUGUCCGUUAGUCUGAGGACAUCUGUGUGUCAUCAAGAAGGAUUGUUUUCACUGUUACUAGCCUUCUAGGGACAUGUUUGCAUUGAAGGCCUGUGUGUUUACUGUGAGGACUUAUCGUCAGCUAGG